UAGCUACUAGGGGCGCUACCAGCGCUACUGUAUAAAAAUACGAACCCACAAGCGUGCGAUCAUUAGACCAACAACAUCAAGAAAAAUCGCACAAUCGAAGAGAACAUAUUUAGUGAAAUCGAUAGUGAGUAAAUUAAAAACAAGACAAUAGACAAUUGCAUAUUAAUAAUGUCGUGGUUAAAGAAUCUUAAUAUGUGUCUCUUCAAUCAAAUGUGUACGAGCGAAGCACGUCUCGACGGUAAAACUGUUGUAAUAACGGGAGCAAGUGGUGGUAUCGGCAAGGAAACUGCCAGAUACUUAUAUGCAAGAGGCGCUAGAGUAAUUCUGGCUUGUAGAGAUAUAGAGAAGACGAAUAAAGCAGUUGAAGAUAUAAAGAAUAAUCCACCUUCAAGGAUCAAUAAAAAUGAAUAUAAAAAAAACGCAGGUGAACUUGCGAUUUAUUUUCUGAACCUAUGUAGUUUAAAGAGUGUCAGAGAUUGUGCUAAAAACUUACUGACGAACGAAACAGCUAUACACAUACUUAUAAAUAAUGCCGGUGUGACUUCGCAUCCGGACAAAAAGACAGAGGAUGGAAAUGAGACGACAUUUCAGGUCAACUAUCUUAGCCAUUUUCUUUUGACACUUCUGCUAUUGCCAAAAAUGCAAUUUUCUUCUCCCAACUGCAGAAUAAUCAAUGUCUCAUCAAUUGCAUAUAUUCUUGGUGACAUAGAUUUCGAUGAUAUUAAUCUGGAGAAAUCUUAUACACCAUUUAAAAAUUAUGCACAAUCCAAAUUGGCAAACAUUCUGUUUACCAAGGAACUUGCCCAUCGAUUGAAAAGAGCAAAUAUUCGUGGGGUAAACGUAUACUGUCUACAUCCGGGUGUUAUUAGGACCGAUAUAUUUCGGUUCACCAACAUGCUAAAUUAUUUAUUUUAUGUUGGUUUGUAUGCGCAAUUAUUUGGUAAGAGUAUUGUGCAAGGAACGCAAACAACAAUAUAUUGUGCAGUGGCUGAGGAAGUAGCCGAUGAUACUGGACAUUAUUAUUCAAAUUGCGGCGUUGCCGCUACAUAUUGGAAAGCAAAUAAUCGACAAUAUUCCAAAAAAUUGUGGAAUAUAUCCUGUCGUCUUUUGCAUCUGGAACCAGAAGAAGAUUUCACUGUAUUUUUGAAAAAUGUUUCAUGUCAAAUGCUUUAAAAAGAUUCACGGGCGGUUUAUCGUGAAAAUUCUGAAUAUAUACAGUUUACAUGUUUAUAGCUAUAUUACUUGUGUAAUCAUAUAUUUACAAUGCUUAUAAAAAAUAUGUGACAACAAAAUUAUAUAAAAUACAAUGUCAAGUGAUUUGCAUAAUUAAUGUGAUGUUAUAUUGUCUAAAAAUUUUAUUUACAGCAUUAAAUCUAUAAAUUCGCUUUAAA